UAAACCCGAUAAACUAGAUAUCCUAAAAUUUUUGUUUUACUGUUACGAGUAAUUUAAUCUGAGGAAGCACUGCGCCGGCGUUUCAGCCACUGGAAAACGGAGAAAAAGAGUGUCACGGCGAAAUGGCGAAGAAGCGAGAUCAUCACCGGUCAACCCAGAGUUCCGGUCACCGGGAAAACCAAAUCAAAUCACCUUCACGACGAGAAAAACAAACUAAGUCAGACUCAGCUUCCGGUACCAUCAAAAUAAUUGGCUUCUUCAUCGUGUCAUCACUGAUCGCCGUCGUCGCUUACUGGUUAACACAAUCUUCUCCUUCACAACAUAACGAAUCUUAUGUGUAUCAACGAGGCCUUGUCACAACCAACACCAAUUACCAAGACAUACUCAAUGAGAAUACGAAAGUAUCUGAAAAUAUAUCGAAGCGACAUUAUACUCACCCUGUGCUCGGCUACAUUACUCCAUGGAAUUCUCAAGGUUAUGAAAUGGCGAAACGGUUCAACUCUAAGUUUACACAUUUAUCACCUGUCUGGUAUGAUUUAAAGAGCCAACAGACUAGCUUAGUUCUAGAGGGGAGACAUAAUGCUGACAGAGGAUGGAUCUCAGAGCUUAAAAAGACGGGAGAAGCUCUGAUUUUGCCAAGAUUUGUUCUGGAAGUAUCACCAGAAGAGCUGCUGAGAAAGAAGAAACAAAGGAACAAAGCCGUUGACCUUAUAGUGACAGAGUGCAAGGAAAUGGGAUAUGAUGGUGUAGUCUUAGAAUCUUGGUCAAGGUGGGCUGCUUAUGGUAUCUUGCAUGAUCCAAGCAUGCGAAAUUUGGCUUUACAGUUUGUAAAACAGCUUGGAGAUGCACUGCAUUCCAUAAGCUCAGAGAAAAUUAGUGGACAGAAGUUGCAGUUGGUCUAUGUUAUAGGUCCACCAUCUUCUGAAAAGCUGCUGGCACAUGACUUUGGGCCAAAAGAUCUUGAGACUUUAAGUGAAGUUGUUGAUGGAUUCUCCUUAAUGACAUAUGACUUCUCUAAUCCUCACAACCCUGGUCCUAAUGCACCUUUAAAAUGGAUUCAAAUUAUUCUACAGAUGCUUCUUGGUGCCUCUGCCAAUAGAGCCCAAAACAUUCCCCCCAAGAUAUUUCUUGGCAUCAAUUUCUAUGGAAACGAUUUCUCCCUUUCAAGGGAUUCAGGUGGUGGAGCUAUUAUUGGGAGAGAUUACCUGGCACUUUUGGAGAAGCACAGACCUGUUCUGCAGUGGGAUAAGAACAGUGGGGAGCAUGUUUUCUUUUACACUGAUGACAAGGAUAUCAAGCAUGCAGUAUUCUAUCCAUCUUUAAAGUCAAUUUCCUUGCGGUUAGAGGAAGCCCGUUCAUGGGAAUGUGGCAUCUCGAUAUGGGAAAUUGGUCAAGGUUUAGAUUAUUUUUUUGACCUUCUGUGAAAGUCUGUAUGUGUAGGUACUUUUUAUGCCUCUUGUUAAUGUUUAUUCAUACAUGUACUCAUACAUGUACUCGUCCUUCAUUGCAAUUGAAAUGGACCUUGGUCAAAAUUGGAAUUUUUUUUUUCCAUAGAUUCCCUCCACUAAGGUAAUCCUAUUUGAGGCGUGCCGGACAUUAAAUGUAUAUGUAUGUGGGUAUCUCUAUCAGAAGGAUUCAAAAUGGGAUUUUAUUUUAGGCUUCAA